ACACAGACACCUGAUAUGAGGCACAUUGGCGUGAAGCUGCAGACGUAAAAAGACUUCUUCUGAAAGUCCCUGACCGGAUGCAGCGUGUAUUCCCGUGUCUGGCCGCUGCAUGGAUGCAUGAGGAGGACCGCUACUGCGGAGGAGGAGAAGGAGGAUUAAAAUGUCUAACGUCAGUUUAGACAAAUUACCACGUUUAUCAAAGACCUGGAUCGCUCUAAGACGGCUUGACGAAAACGAUGACAGAGUGGUGGCUCUUCGAGAAGUGUCCCUUCCUCCUGCAGCUGAGAUCCCCAUGAUCAUACAGAUCAUCACCACUACCUUCGGCCUGAACUCUUCAGAUGUUAUAUUCAAGAUAAGAAACCACCGUGGCUGUCUGAUUCCUCUGAACAGCUCGAUCCCAGCUAACAGCAAACACAUGCCUUAUGUGCUUGAGGUAGCCAAGACCUUUCAGCAUGUGCGUCCCAAACCCAGGACCAUUCCCAUGACUGUGAUCAACAAGACCAUGAAGACCAGGCUACAAACUAUUGACAGGAGGAUUCAGAGACUGGAAGACCUUCUGCCUCAGAUUAAACUCAGGCACAAUGAAAAACUAAACCAGGAGAUUGAAUGUCUUAACCAGAAGUUGAGGUUUCUUCAUAAGAGAAUGCAGGUGGCAGAGUCUCACAGCUGGAAGGGUGUGCUGACCAGAGCACCUCUGUGGUAAACCAAUUCCAACAUUUCACAAGAAUUUCAUAAGACACACAGUUUCUGUAAGGAUGUGGUUACACUUGUCAUUCGCCGCGGAUUUUGUCAUGUCAUCAAGGGAUCAUGUGUUCUCAUCAUUAUGUUGAUGUUGAUGUUCAUGAUUAUGUUUCAAACAAGUCAUCAGUCUAGGAAGAAUCUUAACACAGUGGCUUUGAACUGGGAACAUAUUGAUCACAAACUCACCUCUCUAACCUUUUGACUGGACAUGAACCUAAAUAUAGAUUAAACACAGAUAUACUUUUAAGUGUCACACCUAUGUAGCUAAAUGUUUUUCAUGCAAUCACAGGUUGCAAAAUGAUAAUUGUAACAGUUGUAUUCUGCUUUUCUGCAAAAAAUAAUUUUACAGUUUGUUUUCAAAGAUCCGUGUUUGCACGAAAUUGUCAUUUUGGUUUUAUUUUAUCAAUACCAUACAUAUCGAUGGCAAAACUCAGAGAUAAAUGACAAAUCUUCUCAUAGAUGAUGUACAGUAGUUUAUGGUCCAUAAAAAACAGAGACUUUGUAUAUUUUUCCACCUAGAGAGAAAGUAAGAAAAUUAGUGUAAGGAACAACGUAUUUUAACAUGUUUGUGUUGGGACCCAGCAGAAUUACUGUAACUAUGGCAACCAGCCAGUGGUUUGACUUGCAGAUGAAGUCUGACAAAUGACUAAAUGUAACUUGUGAUGUAAACUUAGGUUGUGUGUACCAUUAAAUCAAUGAAAUAAAGGAAAGAAAU